CACAAUGGAGGCUUGCACAAAGUCUCUGUUUCUUUUCGCCAUUUUUGGUUUUGUAAGCAGCUGUGCAGCUACCUUUCUAAGCGGAGAAACUCAUUACCACGAGUUCGUUAUUCAAGCAACCCCAGAGAAGAGGCUGUGCAAAACCCAUAGCAUUAUCACAGUGAACGGCCAAUUCCCGGGGCCUACCCUUGAAGUAAGAAAUGGUGACACUCUUGUUAUCAAAGUCAUCAAUGCUGCUCGUUACAACGCUACCCUCCACUGGCAUGGAAUAAGACAGAUUGGAAGCCAAUGGGCAGAUGGCCCAGAAUACAUAACGCAAUGUCCCAUUCAACCCGGGGCAGAAUACACGUACCGGUUCACGAUUCAGAAACAAGAAGGGACUUUAUGGUGGCAUGCACACAGCAGAUGGCUUAGAGCUACUGUGUAUGGAGCCAUUGUGAUCUACCCCAGAUUGGGUGUUCCAUACCCUUUCCCUAAACCUGACAAGGAAAUCCCUAUUCUUCUUGGGGAAUGGUGGGAGAGAGACAUUUUUAGUGUGAUGAGGCAGGCAACAUUCUCAGGAGCAGCUCCCAAUGUUUCUGAUGCUUACACCAUCAAUGGCUGGCCUGGUGAUCUGUAUACAUGCCACAGAGGGAUCACAAAAGUCCAAGUGAACAGUGGUGAGACUGUUCUUCUGAGAGUGAUCAAUGCUGCACUGAACCAACAGCUGUUCUUCAGUGUGGCAAACCACAUAUUUACUGUGGUUGAAGUGGAUGCUGCAUACACAAAGCCUUUCCCCUCCAAUGUCAUCAUGUUAGGGCCAGGACAGACUACCAAUGUCCUCAUCACUGCCAACCAGCGCCCCGGCCGCUAUUACAUGGCGGCGAGUGCCUAUGCCACCGCUCAGGGGGCGCCAUUUGACAACACGACUGCCACUGCUGUCCUUGAGUACACGACAUCAUCAUCGUCAUCAGCUUCUUCUCCGGGUAGUGCAGGCGCCCUCCUGCCUCGCCUCCCGGCUAACAAUGACACAGCCACAGUCACUGCCUUCACAAGCCAGCUGAGAAGCCUUCCCACUAAUAUGCUCACCACUCCACUCCCUCUCAUAAUUGAGCAUAGUCUGUUUUUCACUGUGGGGUUAGGAUUUGUGAACUGCAUCCCGGGGCCUAGAUGCCAAGGCCCGAAUGGCACCCGCUUUGCAGCGAGCAUGAACAACGUCUCGUUUGUUCUCCCUCGACGGGCUUCCAUACUUCAGGCCUAUUACAACAACAUCCCUGGAAUUUUCACCACAGACUUCCCCCCUGUACCACCCGUGCAGUUUAACUACACGGGGAAUGUUCCUCGCGCCCUGUGGCAGCCUCGGUUUGGGACUAAAGUCUACAAGGUGAAAUUUGGCUCCACUGUGCAGAUUGUGCUGCAAGAUACAGGGAUUUUCUCGACGGAAGACCACCCCAUACACCUCCAUGGCUACCAUUUCUACAUAGUUGGACAGGGCUUUGGAAACUUCAACCCCGGCACAGAUCCAGCAAGUUUCAACCUUAUUGAUCCUCCACUAAGGAACACAAUCGAUGUCCCCGUUGGAGGGUGGGCAGCUAUACGCUUCGUGGCUGAUAAUCCCGGAGUUUGGUUGAUGCAUUGCCACAUCGAUUCCCAUCUUACAUGGGGCUUGGCCAUGUCCUUCUUGGUCGAGAAUGGAAUCACUGAGUGGGAAACAGUUCCACCUCCUCCAGCAGAUCUGCCUCGCUGCUGAACUAAUAAUGGAAACCACGAGACGCCAAAAUCAGCUUAUCUGCAGUUCUAUCUAGUACUGGUUUCGUUUCGUCUCAUAUUCUCUAUCAUUUGUUAACUACUACCUGAGCUUUUAUGUUUCCAUGUAUUCUGUUUCUUUGUCAUGUUAGUAUAC